UGGAUGUGUUAGGUAACAAUAGUCUACAGUGUGUAUAGGGAUUGGACAGGUAAGGGGGGCACGCCUCCGUCCCAUAGCUUGCCUGGUAUAGGACUACCGUCACGUCUGGGCACAUGUCUAUAUGCUUGAACUCUUUCAUAUAUAGUUUCAUAUUGUAAAUGAAAUGCCUUUUUCUUUCUUUUGGGAAAGGGGGUUCUUCACAAGCAUAAAAAGACCGCGGAAAGUUGAAUAAAAAACCCAACUGUUCUGCUAAAUAAUGCGUUGUGCUGUGUGGUGGAUCUGAUCUAUGGUUAAGUUAUUCAGACACAAUUCCCUGUGAAAAGAGUCUCUUUACUGCAAAUUCCUUCUCUGUAAAGAUGUAGUUGAAGAGUGAGCAGCGUUCCUGUCAUUUUAUAUUUCAUUAUCAAUACGGACUUUAAUUCAAGAGGAGGAUCCAGGUAUGAAUCUUCGACGGCUAUACAUCGGGUUUGCUACGCGACCAUUUGGAGUAAAAUGCUUCAUGGCCUCAGUAUUUGGCUCACUUGUAGUAUUUUUCCUGCUCAGUGAGCUGUCCAUUGACAGGCUCCACUAUCUCAAACUUCGAGCCUGGUCCUUGUCUGGAAACCAACUCAAUGUGCGAGACAGAGAGGUUGGACCCAGCAAAAGGAAGGCUUGGAAUUCGCGCCCUCUGGCUAAACCGAGCAAACGCUUCGCCAUCCUAGCCGAAAUGGAUGUCAUCGCCAAGUGGUCCGAGUUGGAAAUCAUGCACCGCUGUUUCUUAAAUCCUGCCGACAACUCUACCGGCUCGUGCAAUGUUUUAUGCCCAGAACAAGGUACCACGAUAGAGCUGACCAUCACAAGCAACGUCAAGGGCUUCAGAGGGGCAGAUGCGGCCAUCUUUGGCCUCUCGCCGUUCACACUUUUGAAGAGCGUGACCAAACUCAUGAAGUACUCAACAAACAUUCCGCCGAAUCAGACUGCAGUAUUAUAUAGCAUGGAGUCUCCACUCCGAGUGCACAAAUGGAUUCACCGCAUAGGCGAGUUGAGGUACCAUACCGACCUGACGUACCUCCCUGGCGCAGACAUCAGCGUGCCGUACGCUUAUUACAAACCAGGCUCGUUCGAGAAUACCUUUGAGAGGAAAGCGAACUACGCCGAGGGCAAGACGGGGCUGAUCGCUUGGAUGGGAAGCAACUGCGCCAAAGAGGUGUUCUGGCCCCGAAUGGAGUUCAUCGAAGAGCUUGGGCGCCACCUACAGCUCGACACAUACGGAAAGUGUGGCCAGCUCACGUGUCUGCCGCGUCUCUCUCCGAAGUGCGUGAAUCUGAUUGGUGCGUACAAGUUCUAUUUGGCCUUCGAGAACUCUGAGUGCCGCGAGUACAUCACGGAAAAGUUCUGGGAGUCCUGUCUGCUUAACGGGGUCGUGCCCGUGGUUUACGGCGCUCCAAAGGAAGACUUCCAAAGGCUUGCUCCGCCCAACUCGUACAUCCACGUCAGCGAUUUUGAGAGUGUCAAAGAGCUCGCCCAGUACAUCCGGAAAGUUGACCAAUCAGACGAGUUGUACAACAAGUUUUUCGAGUGGCGCAGUCACGGAUCCGUCGUCGUUAAAUAUCCCAAAAUGCAGCCCUCUUAUUUCUGUAGGAUACUGCCUUUUCUUCCGGGCAACAAGGGGAUGUCUGGAACCACACAAAUCAAAAAUUCGAACUGGUUCAAUUCCUGCCGUGGAAAAAUUACCAGACGAUUUAAUAUAUCCCAAGUGCCAACUCUGAAGGCGUGGAGAGCUUGGAAACUGGGCGUGAACGAUUACAUCGGUGGAUUUUGAUUCGGAGUUAAUUUUAUCGAUGCUUGUUAACUUCCGCUGCUUACUUUCGCUGCAGGAAACGGAUGGCUAUAUUUAUUUUUAGUCUAAGCAUAUCGAUUAUUACCUUACCCUGUGACGAUACUUUGAUUUUGAAAGUUACAGAAUCUUUAUGCAGUAGGACAAGUGCACUAUAGACCCCCAAGUGCUGAUGUGUACCCUCGUGGAACACUGCAACAAUUUAUCAGGACAUAGCGAUAUAACUUCAAGAAAACGUUGAUAAAAUGCAAUGGCCUAAAGUUGGAUGCUCCAUACAGCAGUGGCGUAGCUAGGAUUUUACUGGGGGCACGAAUGGGGCACCAGUAUCUUAUGGGGGCACCAUCUUUCAGUGUUUUUUUUUUUUUUAGGGGGUGGUUUUUUUAGCCUCGUUCGAUAUCAAUUCAUCCGUUUUUUAGGUGGGGGGCACCUGGAAUGGGGGAACGUGCCCCCAGUCCCCCCGGCUACGCCACUGCCAUACAGUAAAUCACUAACAGUAUUAUCGGGUGUUUACAAGGUCAGUUGAAGAGUGUGGAUUGCUCUUAGAAAUACGAAUACAUCAGAGACGUGAAAUGUGAACAAUUGAGGGCGCCGUGUUGCAGUUCUAUCUUGAUUUGGCAAUUGGGGGCCAGUUUAUUUCACAAAGAUCGAAUCUUAGAUUUUAACGCUGGGUCAGUCCACCCAAUAUGUGGUUUGUGGCGCCCGUUAACCAGCGACGGAUCACCGAUCGGGAUCCAGAUUGUGUGAAGCAAACGGGCCAUAAUCAUCAUCGCAUUCGAUUGCUGUGCUUUACCGAUCACAU